CACGUAUACCCAGAGGCUUAUCCGAACCACGAAAUCGGGGCUAUUCUUUCUAGCGAACCACAGACAAGCUGUGCAAGUUGGAGGCAGGAUUUUUCUUGUUAUGUUUCUACGGGAAUUCACGAUAUGCCGGUGAUUUGUGGCUGUUUCUUCAGCACUACCAUUGCUCCAUGGAAGCAGAAAGAUGUUUGGUUGUUCAUUCCUCUCCACUCGGGGAGGAAGAUUAGUCGUUCGAUUCACUGCUCUGGUAGCAAUGAUCAGCUACCCAAACAAAUUCAGCUGGGUUAUGAUCCUUCGGAGGAAUUGCUAGGACUCCCUGAUCCAAAAUCAAGGAAUAUUUCGUCUAGUGCAGCGAAGACAAGGUCAUGGUUUGGUCCGAAUGGACAGUAUAUCAGAGAGCUUCCUUGUCCAAGUUGUAGAGGGAGAGGCUAUACUCCAUGUUCUGAGUGUGGCAUUGAGCGGUCCAGACUGGAUUGUCUUCAAUGUAGUGGCAAGGGUAUAAUGACUUGUGGUCGGUGCUCUGGCGACCGUGUCAUAUGGGAAGAGUCAAUUGAUGAGCAACCAUGGGAGAAAGCUCGCUCGAGGUAUCUUCGUGAAGUUAAUUAACCAUUUCUGGGUUAAGUGGAUUUGCAUUAUGAAGCUCUCUGCAACUCCGAGGACACAUUUUUCUCAACCUCUAAUAUCGUCGUUGUCAUACGCUAACAUAUGGGGAGAAGAAAGUGGUAUCUGUGUAUUUCAUUUAAUUAUGUUCUUCAAUGUUCAGCUCUGCAUUCAAAGUGAAGGAAGAUGAUGAAGUUGAUAACUUAGAAAUAAAGUUGGAGACCAAGAAGAAAUCCAAGCGAGUGUACCAAUCUCCAUCUCCUGAAGUUGGACUGAAGAUUAGCCGAUCACUGAAGGUUAUUUGCCUGCUUGAACCUGUCCUAGUUCAUUCGAAAUUCUGGGUUUAUGAAGCUUCUUAAUCCAAAUUUAAGUCGUGACAACGGGCAAAGUUGCAGUGACUAAAGUGACGGAAUGUGGGGGUUUGCUUUGGGAACACAUCUUAACUUCCACUUGAAUUCUUACAAUGCCCUUCUUCAACUCAAUCUUCUUUGUUUAGUUUGCUAUGUGCAGAGUUUAAAUGCCAAAACAGGACUAUUUAGUAACCGAAUGAAGAUCAUCCAUAGUGACCCAAAGCUCAGUGCCGAGAGAGCUGCAUCGAUCAAGAAAGCCAAAGGAACUGCUGCUGCUAGAAAGCGCACUUCUGAAUCCUUGAAGGCUUUCUUCAGUGAUCCAGAAAACCGCCAAAAACGAAGCAUUUCCAUGCAAGGCAUAAGAUUUUACUGCACAAACUGUGGAAGAGAAGGCCACAGGAAACAUUAUUGUCCCGAACUCAAGAAUCACUUGCUAGACAGGCGGUUUAGGUGCAGGUUCUGUGGAGAAAAGGGUCAUAACAUAAGAACCUGUUUGAAGUACAGGCAAACUAAUCGCAAAAUCACAAGUAGAAGAGAUCGACUCUGCAGGAUUUGUCGUCAAAGUGGCCAUAACCAGAGAACAUGCUCACAAGUGACUGGAUUAAUAUCCACAAAUAAGAGCUAUAAACAGAAGAUUAGAAGGAAGUACAGCUGCAGAAUAUGCCAUCAAAAGGGUCAUAAUAGAAGGAGAUGCCCUCAGGUUACAGGCUUAAUGGUAGAAGAUAGUGUUAUGAAGAAAGGCUUUGUUGUUGCGACUUCUGAAACUAGAAGUAGAACAUAUAUCUGCAGUUCAUGCAAAAGCAAAGGGCACAAUGUGAGAACUUGUCCUAAUAGAAGCACUGAGCCUACAGUUUCAGAUUUACAGGCCAAUGGAGGAAGCUGAUUUCUCUGUGUCGCGGGGUUUGAGUCGUGUUAAGUUAAGUUGAGACAAGAAAAUGGUUUAUAAGGAUAAUUUAUAUUGUAUGAUUUUUUGGAAAUGAAACUGUAACUUGUGAUUAGCGGUUAAUUGGAUGCUGGAUGAUAAUAUUUUAUUUCGGUGUGAUGAUGCUUGGAAAUGGAUAUUUGAUGUAUGAUAUUUUUGUACAAUAACAAAGAUUUGGAGAAAUAAAAUAUUGUGAUUUGCAUGAG